UGCAAACACUAGAAGAAGCUGCAAAGACUGACAAGACGGGAUGGUUUAAGCGCACAGGCUGGCUGGAGUUCUUUAAGGACUGGAAUCUCGCUCAUCUAGCGCAUUAAGCCCGCCUGCCCAAUCACAGCGAGCGCAAGAUCAAGCUGGCUGCUCAGCUGACUGAAGGGCUGAUCAAAAGAAGCGUGAAAGGACUAGCUACGCUCCCGCAAGAGUUGAGGCGCUGGCUGCAGAGCGCAAAGCGAGAGGAGCCAGACGUGCGACCGUUGGCGCGCUUGCAGAAUCCGGAGAGUCAGGCAGUGUACACAAGCUACAUGGUGAGCGGAUUGUGCGCUUUGGAGAGCAGCAGAAUGCAGCCGCUUAUGCAGAAAGCUGCUCAGCAUCAGGCAGCGAGGAGGACAGCGAGGAGGACAGCGAGGAGGACGAUGACGGCAAGAGCAGUAAAGCUGAUAGUGACAGCCCGCGGCCCCGACGUACAACACGCAAUCGAACGCAGCUAGAUAGGGUGAAAGAUGCACGUGAGCUCUUCACGUGGACAGACGAGCAGAAGUUAUUUAGGAUCAAGCUAUGGGACGCGCUAGAUGGCAACAACAGAGCAGCUUAGACAGAGGCGCUUCUUGCGUCAAUCAGCUCGUUUGUCUUCACAACAUAUUAC